CCCCGGAGAUGCCACACGAGGAGGGGCUGCAAACGCAGCCCAGAGAGAUCCAAGGAGGAAAGAGCCCCCCUGUGCCACGAAGGUGGCCGGAGAUCCAGGGGGAGCUCGGAGCUGAGGGAGAAGCCUCAGGGUGGGGAGAAGCCCCACAAGUGCUUGGAAUGUGGGAAGGGCUUCAGAUGGAGCUCCAGCCUGAUCCAGCACCAGAGGAUCCACACUGGGGAGAGGCCCUAUGAGUGUGGGGAAUGUGGGAAGGGCUUCUCUAGCAUCUCCCACCUGAUCCAGCACCAGGUGGUCCACACCAGGGAACGGCCCUAUGAGUGCUUGGAUUGUUGGAAGAGCUUCGGCCAGAGCUCCACCCUGAGAGUACACCAGCGCACCCACACUGGGGAGAGGCCCUACGAGUGCUCUGAGUGUGGGAAGAGGUUUCAGACCAGCUCCCAUCUCCUCGAACAUCAGCGCAUUCACACGGAUGAGAGGCCCUUCCGCUGCCCCGACUGUGGGAGCGGCUUCAAAUACAACUCCCACCUCGUCAGGCACCAGCGCAUCCACACCGGGGAGAGGCCCUACGAGUGUCCUGAAUGUGGGAAGAGCUUCUCCAGCAGCUCUGCCUUGACCAAACACCACCGGAGGCACCGCUAA